UGCGCAGUGGUCAUCACUCUAGCAACGCAGCGAGGUAAACAGUUUUUCAAGAAGAAAAUUGCACGAAAUUAAUGUCACAUUUUCGAUGAAAUCUUAACUUCUGAUAUAGAAAACAACAAGACUCGAUUCACAAUACCAAAAUGGCGAUUGCUGUAGCCCAAGCACGCCAUAUUUUUGGCUUAAAAUCGGAGGUGUCUGGAAACAUCGCCUAUCAUGAUGAACAAACAGUGGUUUAUCCCUCUGGUGCAAAUUGCAUCAUGUACAACAUUGACCAGAAGUCCCAGAAGUUUAUUCCUGGAUCUGACAAAAGCCAAGGGAUGACAGCCAUGACUGUGAGCCCAAAUCGUAGAUAUGUUGCAAUUGCAGAAAAAGGAGAAAAAGCUACAAUCACAAUAUAUGAUCUGCAUUCUUUAAGAAAAAGGAAAAUAUUAAGUUCAACAGAAGUACAGUCAAAGGAGUUUGUCAGCUUAGCAUUUUCACCUGAUUCCAAAUAUCUUGUGGCUCAAGCUGGAAGGCCAGACUGGACUCUACUCUAUUGGACAUGGGAGAAAUCCAAAGUUAUGGCUGUCACAAAAACCUCUAACCCACAGACUAAUGCACCAAUUUAUCAGGUGACAUUUAACCCACAAGACAACACCCAACUAUGUGUGGUUGGAGAUGGCAUAUUCAAGCUAUUCAGAUACAGUGAGGGCAAUCUUAAACAAUUUGCCUUCCAAAAGAUGGAGCCUCAGAACUACCUCUGCCAGGCUUGGGUCUCAGAUGAGCGUGUGAUAGUUGGUACUGAUAAAGGCAAACUCCUGCUGUUUGAAGCUGGUGAAUUAAAGAAUGAGUUCAAUGUUGUGUCCAGUAUGCAACAGUCAAGUUCUGAUAAAGACAAGAUGUCCAGUGUGACUGAGGAGGUUGGUGCUGUGUCAUGUGCUGUUACUGCUCUCGUGGCUUACUCUAAGGGAUUUGCCUGCUCAUGUGGCCUAGGUACAGUACACAUGUUUGAGAAAACUGAUGACAAGGACUUCUUCAAGAAAACCAGGGAAAUCAAAGUACCAGCUGACCCCAACAGUGCCGAUCCUCAGAAGAAUGAACAACAGCAAAUCUUCAGUCUUGCUGUGAGCCCCAGUGAGGAAAACCUUGUAUGUACCACUGAGGUGCAGCAGCUUUAUGGGAUCACUCUCUCCAGUGCUGAUCUAGGGAAGCAAGGUGAUGAGGCAAGAUUUGAAGUACUGGCCCAGUCAUUCCAUUGUAAUCAAGUACUGGGCCUGGAUGUAUGUGCCAGGAAACCUCUGGUAGCAACCUGCUCCCUGGAUAGAUCAGUCAGGAUAUGGAACUUCGAGACUUGUAAUCUUGAACUGUACAAGGAGUUUGCUGAGGAGGCUUAUAGUAUUGCACUUCACCCAUCUGGUCUGUACAUCUUGGUAGGCUUCAGUGAUAAGCUUCGCCUCAUGAAUCUCCUCAUUGAUGACAUCAGGACCUUCAAGGAAUUCACCAUCAGAGGUUGUCGUGAGUGUUCAUUCAGCAAUGGUGGCAACAUGUUUGCAGCAGUCCAUGGUAAUGUCAUCCAAAUCUAUAGCUCCACCACCUUUGAGAAUGUCCUCAACUUGAAGGGACACAAUGGCAAAGUCAGAUCUGUACAAUGGAGUGCUGAUGAUUCCAAGAUCAUCUCCUGUGGCAUGGAUGGGGCUGUGUAUGAAUGGAACAGUUUUGAUGGCAAGAGAGUGGGAGAAAGUGUAUUGAAGUCUUGUAGCUACACUAGUGUUGCUGUUACCCCAGAUGGAAAGACAACAUUUGCAGUUGGCUCAGAUAGAACCCUUAAAGAAAUUGCAGACUCUCAGAUUCUUCGUGAUGUAGACUCUCAUGAUGUUACGCUAACUGCUGUGGCAAUGUCACAUUCUGGGAGAAUGUUAUUCGCUGGUACAUCAACUGGUACACUUAGGUCUAUGAAGUUCCCUUUGACUGUACCUGGGGAGUGGGCAGAGCAUCAAGGUCACAGCUCAGCCAUCACCAAGAUGAAAAUGACUUAUGAUGAUCAGUACCUUGUCACCAUUUCUGAGGACUCUUGUAUCAUGAUCUGGAAGGCACAGGACAAAGAAGGGAGAGGUUUAAAGAGAGACAAGGAAGUAGGAUGGGCAGAGGAAAUUCUCAUUACCAAGAGUGAUUUGGAAGAAAAGAAUGCCAUGAUGGCCGAGUUGAAAACACGUGUAGAUGAGCUUAAAAUGGAAAAUGAAUACCAGCUUAGACUUAAAGACAUGAACUAUAAUGAGAAAAUCAAAGAGUUGACUGAAAAAUUCAUUCAAGAGAUGGAAUCCCUCAAAACUAAAAACCAAGUAUUGAAAACAGACAAGGAAAAGUCUGAAGCCACGCAUGAGGAAGAAACCAGUGAACAAAUGGAGAAACAUGCCAAAGAACUCCAAGAUCUUGAGUCAGCCAACAACCAAAAGCUGAUGUUGGAGUAUGAGAAGUUCCAGGAGCUACAGGCCAAAUCUCAAAAGAUGCAGGAGGACUAUGAGAGACAGCUGCAGGAGAUGGAGGAGAGCAAGGAGAGAGCCCUGGAAGAGCUUACUGAGUACUAUGAGACAAAACUAACAGAAAAAACUGGCCAGCUUGAGCAAUCUCAUGAUGAGGGCAGGCAGCAGAACAAGGAAUAUGAGGAGACCAAGAGGCAGAUAGAGGAAGACUCAGAUCGUGAAAUCCUUGAUAUCAAGAAUAAAUACGAGAGAAGACUUAGAGAUGAGAAGGAGGCCAACAUGAGGCUGAAAGGAGAAACUGGCAUUAUGAGGAAAAAGUUCACUAGUCUACAGAAGGAGAUAGAUGAUCAUAAGGAGGAGAUCAAGAAGUUACAAGGAGAAAGCACUAAGUUCCAGAAUGUCAUCAGAAAUAUGGAGAAAGAUGCUGCUGGACUCAAGAAAGAAAUCCAGGAGAGAGAUGAGACUAUUCAAGAUAAGGAAAAGAGGAUCUAUGACUUGAAGAAGAAAAAUCAAGAAUUGGAGAAGUUCAAGUUUGUACUUGACUACAAGAUCAAGGAAUUGAAGAAACAGAUAGAGCCACGAGAGAAUGACAUCAAGGCCAUGAAAGAACAGAUACAAGAGAUGGAGAGUGAGUUGGAGAGGUUCCACAAGCAGAACACACAACUAGAGCUGAACAUCACAGAACUGAGGCAGAAACUAAAGGCCACAGACAAGGAAAUGCAUCAAGAGAGACAGAGGGUGAGAGAUGUGGAGGCCACAGUGAAGCGCUUCAAGACAGACCUCCACAACUGUGUGGGAUAUAUACAGGACCCCAAGAUGUUGAAGGAGAGCAUCAAGGCACUCUACCAAAAGCAUGUGCAAGAAGAUAUUACUGAGUCAGCCAGUGUAGAUGCUGACAUACAGAAGGAAUAUGCCCGCCAGAGAGAGCAUCUUGAGAGGUCUGUGGCAUCAUUGAGGAAGAAACUUGCAAAGGACACGGAGAUUCACAGGGCAGACAAUGUUAGAAUUAUGCAGGAAAAUGUAUCUCUCAUUAAAGAGAUUAAUGACCUUCGUCGAGAGUUAAAGAUCGCCAGAACGCAGGUGCAUGACCUUGAGGCAGCGCUUGGGCUACAUCGUCAAAGUAACCAAGGAGAGGCAGCACAAACUCUCGCCAAUAUAACAUCAACCAAUAAGAACGCUAUGCUCGAACAAGAUUUACAAGAAAAGUUAAAAAUAAUAGAACUUCAGAAAGGUGAAAUUAAGAAAAUGAGAGGACAGUUACGUGAAAUUGAGUCUCAAAUGGGAAGUAGACCACCUUCAGGUGGAAAAGUACCUCCAUUAUCAGUGCAGUAGGAAUAAUAAUAGAUGAUUACUAUAGAUGGCGUAAUCCAAUGCAUCUCUAGGAUAUAGCAACAGUUUGAAGAGUCCAUUGUUAUUCAAUUCCAUGUUUUAGACUGACAAUCACCUAUCAAACUGGAACAAACUGGUCAUAUUUUCUGACAAUAUUUGAUUGAAAAACUAGCUGGAUGAUGAGACAAAUUUGAUUCUUUCAAUAAUUUUAAAAUAUUCAAUCUAUUUGAUAUCUCUCUAUAUACAAAGUUUUACUGUUUAAUAUCCAAUGGGGUAUUUCUAUAGAGUUUUGACUAUAUGCCUUGGUGUAUUUUACAGCCUUGGUAUCACAAUCACUUCUUAUCCUUUGAUAUAUGUGGACAAUCAAGCCCUAUUCAACAGUACAUGUAUUUCCAUACUCCGUCCACACAAAUAUGAAGCUGAAUUAGUCAACAUAUAUCAUAAGAUAAACAAUGGAAAAAAGUUUAUUAAUAAUAUUUUUGCCAAUGCUCUACUGAAUAUAUUUUAAUAUGAGAUGUAUUUAUAUCUGUAAAAUUUUGUGAAAUAUUUGUACAUAGUAAAAUCUAAUAAUAAGAAACACAAUAUAUACAA